AUGAAGUUCAACACAGUUUUGAGCGCUCUUUGGGCAAUUUCUGCUCUAGGAGCAGCCAACCCGCUACUGCGCAGGGCCUCAUCGUCCAACGUCUCCACCUCGAGCAAUUAUACGCAAACUGCCACAAUCACAGAUGCCGCGUCCGCAACCGACACCGUGCUAACGGUGACGCAAGGUCGCUUCGGUGCGUUGUUCAAGCCCAAGGUGAUGAUGAUCAACAUGUUCACGCCCGAGGAAAACGCGUGGGUGAAAAACCUAGACCUCAAGCACAACAUCUCGGUGCCCAUGCUUUCGCCAGAGUACCCAUUCGUGCACUCUAACGCCAACUACACCAUCAUGUCGGUGACCACAGGUGAAGGUGAGAUCAACGCCGCCAGCACCAUCACUGCUUUGUCGCUAUCGCCUCUUUUCGACUUGACUGACACUUACUUCAUUGUCUCGGGUAUUGCCGGUGGUACACCCGACUUGACCACCAUCGGAUCGGUAACCUACCCUAAGUACGGCGUGCAGGUCGGUAUGCAAUACGAGAUCGACUCGCGCGAGAUCCCAGCCAACUGGUCGUAUGGCUACGUCAACUUCCACACUAGUAAGACCAACGUGUACCCAGCCACCAUCUACGGUACCGAGAUCUUUGAAUUGAACGAGGUCUUGAGAGACAGAGCGAUGCAGGUUGCCUCCAACGUCACUUUGAACAAUGGUACCAGCGGAAACGUGGCCUUCCGUCAAAGAUACAACUCCUCUAUGGCCGCUUACGGUGCUCCUAAGUUGGUGGCCUGUGACACUGCCACUUCUGAUGUUUACUGGUCCGGUGCUCUUUUGGAAAAAGCUUUCACCGACUUUGUGACCACUGUUUCCAACAGCUCGGCCACUUACUGCUCCACUCAGCAAGAAGACAAUGCUACUCUAGAGGCCUUUUUGCGUGCUGCCAAACACGGUUUGGUCGACUACUCGCGCAUCGUGAUCAUGCGUGGUAUUUCCGACUUUGACAGAGCUCCUGCUGGUCUCAGCGCCACUGACUUCUUCUUCACCAAGGGUUUACAAGGCGGUAGUAGCAGUGCUUACGCCAACUUGUACACUGCAGGGUUGCCAUUUGUGACGGAUAUUUUGGCCAACUGGGAAACUUUGUACAAAGUGAAUCAAUUCACGCCAAAGAACUACAUUGGUGACUACUUUGAGACCUUGGGAGGUACUCGUAACUUUGGUUUGUAG